AUAAAGCCUAAGAACAGCUGUCAUAUGAGCAGAACAUAAAUAGCAUAUUGAAGUUAUUUGCAAUCGCUUGUCUCCGUGAAAAAAAUCCGUAAUGAACCCAUCGAGAGAUUUCUUUUCUCUUAUUGAGCAGAUUAGUGAUAUUUUGGUAAUGUUGCAUCCCGCACCAGCAUCUUUAGUAGACUCCGACGAUUCGGAGGGUGAGCCGCCACGAAAAGUGAGAUGCGUUUCCUUCAAUCCUUUGCCGAAGCCAAAACACAAGGAGCACACCUCAAUGGAGACCGUCGACAAUUUAUCUAAGGCAUCGCCAGCCUCUUUUCUGCCAAAAAUCAAGGAUGUCGAUAUGCUCAGUACUAGACCCGUCGAUAACGGUACCCUGGGAAGCGUGGUGCUCAAUCCGCCUACUUUUAGCCACGUGCUUCGUCCGCUGACUGAACAGCAGCUGGCUGGCUUUCGCCUGCAACCCGGACCGCUGACGGGCCAAUAUCUGGAAAAGUCUUACUCUGACGGUGACGACGAGCCCAAUCAGUCAAAGGAAAACAUGGAUCACUAAGUACAAACAGCGAACCAGCGCAUAUCUGAAGAAGUGGGAUGACAUAUCGACAUUGCUACAAGAACUAUAAGAAAUGUACACAAAUAACGAUAGGGCAACAGUUGAUAAAUAAAUCAUACAUUUGAUAGCAACGCUCAUUGUAGGCGGUACAAAAUUCAGAAUAGAAAUCAAAUUGGGCUUAGCCCGAGCAUGAGACAACGGCAGAGAAGCUCGUCAUGGCCCAGGGGUCUUCUGCCCGAGUCCAUGUUGGCAGUAGUGUAGUGCUUAUGGUAUUGCUGUACGGCUACUGCUAGAUCGCUAUAAGUUGUUGGACUGGUGCACCAUGGUAAUGGUGCAUGAGUUUCAGUCUGCGCGAGUCCACGAUGAGUGUAAGACCCCUACCGAAAUUGAAACCCAUCCAGCGCCAUGUCUGGUAUACCGGAUCGAAUCGCAUGUGGCCAAUGCGCAUACAGUUGUCCAAUAACUGGUCGUCGCUCAACUGCCGCAGACUCCUGUGGAAAUACGGAAAAUGGACAAUCAAAAUCCAUCAUCUUGAGACUUGCCAAUGAUCUUACCUCUCCUUUGAACUCCUUGGGUAUUAUUUUAUCGUUCUAAAGAGUCCUCAAUUCGAUGUAGUGAUUCGGGAGGAAUUACUUGCGAAACUUCUGGAACACUGCCAGUGUAAACAGCUGACAGGGCUGCCGCUCAAAGUAAAUUACUUUUAUCGGCGACUCAGCGAAAUUAAACUUUAAUAAAAACAGAUUUGCACAUUAA